AUGGCGCCGGCCAUAAGAUUCUCCAGUACUGGGUCGCGCCUGCGAGUGAAAUUGACCAUCCCUGAUGUGGACGUGCUUCGCUAUUUGAAGGAUGCGGACAACCAAGAUAGUCGUUUCACGGGGAUGAAGAUUUCGCCGGAGCAUUUGGCCCAGGCUGAAAUGCCCAUAUCCCUCAUCCUCUCAGAAUUACCAAUCUCCUUCGUCAUGCUACUGAGGACUAGCGCCCUCUCUUCCCGGGACCGGGUUACAGAAGAAGCCGAACGGAUUGAAAACUUAUCAGACCUCUUGCAGAAUAAAGAAGCCCCCCUGCGGUUGAGUGAUCUUCCAUUGGAGAUACUUCUGAUGUAUACGAUUGCAUUCAGAUCCUUGCCAGCGCAAGUGGGUUCCAAGGGCUGUACCCCGUCGGAGAUCUGCUUCAAUUUGGCUUUGCAACAUCUCUGGCGAGUGCACUUAGAGGCAGACGAGAUCGCUGUACCGUGUAUGCUAAUCAUUGCUCACAUAUUCCUCUAUAUCUUCGCGAAACCAUUUUAUGCUCUUGGCAUGCUCCAGAGCGUCGAUCCUGCAAUCGACCGGCUCUCAAAGCGCACAGAUCGCCUGCCUGAAAUCCCAGUCCUUCUAUUAAGUCAAGUGUUUUAUAUGCUGCAAAGUGAUGUCCAGUCACCAAGCCUGAUGCAUGAUGGACGCCUAGAGGCCGGUUCAGGCCAGUCGCCAGAUUACUACUACUUUUCUGCGAACCUUGGGCUCCGAUCAUGUCUCAAUCGAAUCUUAGGUCGGAUGUUCAUCACAGAUCAAGCCUAUUGCCAGCCACGAGAUGUUGGCCCUGUGAUCACGGAGAUCUCUCUGGAGAUCGAGUCAUGGUAUCGGUCCCUGCCGCUUGAUCUGCAGUAUGUUCGGGACGCGAGAAGCUUUAGACUUCUCACUCCAGCUAUCUCGACACGUCAGAAAGAGUUGUCCUUGAGAUAUCAUGCCUGUAUUUUCUUCCUCAACCGGCCUGUGCUCUACUUCGUCCUAUACCAAGAUCUGGAACAUCUGGCGACAACCCCGCCGGGAGGGGUAAGUGCUGUCGCAGAGCAGCAUCUAAAACCAUGGGUCUUCGCUUCAUGUCGGGACUGCAUCGAAAGCGCCAAGCUGAUCAUUCUCACUUUGGCCCAGCAUCAGCGUCAGGUGCCUAUGCCACGGGCUGGUCCAAAUUGGUGCGACAUCCAGCUGCUGGUCGGCUCUUAUGCCGUCCUGCUAUCAGUGCAGACGGCACCUUCUUUUUCGGCACCAUUCCGGGAUGUCGCCGAGAUCGGUGAACUCUUAGAUAUGGUAGAGGAAAUUCUGUCUGGGGUUACAGAAACUUCUCAAGGCAUCCUCCGGACCCUGGAAAUUUUGACGAAUAUCAGACACAAUUUCCAGAACUCGACACCUUUGACAGGGACCGAAUGA